AUGCGUGUUUUUGGCUUUUUGAUUCUCUCAGGGUCUUGUCAAGACUAUCAAAGCCGAAAUUACGGCUCUUACCUAAGUCCAAGAGACGUCGGCGAAGAAACAUUCGACAUCUGCUCAAGAUGGAUUUACGAUGCUCUUCGCUGCGAACCCCCACGAGGAAAAACUUCGAAAUACAUUCAUCGCUUUCAAAAAGUCAUCGGCGACGCUCUCUGGCAUGUUGAAUCCACGUACAAAUGCUCGGUCAAUCGAGGAGAAUAUGACGAGAAAAGUAAUGAGUACGAGUACGAAUAUGAAGGCGAUGCGGUUGUGGCAAGUGAUGGGGAUAUAAGAAAGUUUGAAGCAAGAUCGCAAAUGGGCCUCGGGCGAGUGAGAAAUGAUGACCUAAGAUCCCAGUGCAUCGAAAGUUUUGCCCGAUUCUAUCAAAAAACUGACAUCACCAGUUGCCGAAAAAAGUACGCCUGGAAAGCUCGAACCGACGGAUUGACAAGACAAAUAACAAAAAUGAUGUUCAUCUGUAUGAAAUCAAACGGAUAUUGA